UCCAACAUGGUCGUCACGUCUUCCUGGUCGAACGUCGAGGACGAGGUGCUGAAGGCUGCCAUUAGUAAAUACGGCUUGAACCAGUGGUCCCGAUGCGCAUCUCUGCUUGCGAAGAAGAGCGCGAAGCAAUGCAAGUCAAGAUGGCAAGAAUGGCUGGAUCCGUCGAUUCGCAAGACGGAAUGGGACCGCGAGUCGGACGAGAAGCUCUUGACCAUGGCCAAACUCCUGCCAACCCAAUGGCGAACGAUUGCGCCCAUCGUCGGACGAACAGCCACACAGUGCCUUGAGCGAUACCAAAAGCUACUCGACGAACAAGAGGCGCGCGAGUCUGGCGAUCUGGGACUGGCGGGUCCAGACGGCGGAGAGUCCGCUGCUCCCUCUGCAGAGGAUGUCCGACGGCUGCGGCCCGGCGAAGUGGAUGCCUAUGCCGAGAGUCGCCCUGCCAGGCCAGACGCUGUGGAUCUAGAGGAUGAAGACAAGGAAAUGUUAUCAGAGGCGCGUGCGCGUUUGUCCAACGUCAGCGGCAAGAAGGCCAAACGAAAGGCCCGUGAACGACAACUCGAGGAAUCAAGAAGGCUGGCGUUGCUCCAGAAGCGACGAGAGCUCAAGGCAGCUGGCAUAAACAUCAAGAUUACCCCGAAGAAAGGCAACCACAUCGACUACAACGCCGACGUCCCGCUCGAGAAGGAAGUUCCCGCUGGCUUCUUCGACACGACGGAAGAAAUUGACCGCAAUGAACGACAACGAGAGGCAUUCGACCCACGGAAGCAGCAACUUGCGAACAAGAGGAAGAUGGAGGCGCAGGAAGACGGCGGAGGCGAGAGAAAGAAGAAGAAGGACGACAAGGCGGGAGGUCUGGCUGCGUCGUAUGCAAAGGCUGCGCAGAUGCAGAGAAUACGCGAGGCGGAGCAGAGCAGCAAGCGACGCGCGCUGGUGUUACCAGCUCCCCAGGUUGGAGAGGCCGAGCUUGAGGAUAUUGUCAAGAUGGGAGCCACUGGCCAGCGCGCAAUUUCUGCAGGCAGUGGCGACAACGCUGCAACUCAAGGCUUGAUUGGAGACUAUUCGAGCAUUGUUGGCAACACACCAAUCCGAACCCCAAUGGCGCCCAAGGAGGAAGAUUACGUCGCAAACGAGAUACGAAACGCUCGAAUGCGGACCGAGACGCAGUCGGCUCUGCUCGGCGGAGACAAUCCAGAUCUCAUCGAAGAACAAGCGCCUACUUCACUAUCUGGGCCCUCUUCACGGCAUCAGAUUGUAACCCCGAACCCGAUGGCAACGCCCUUCCGGCAAGCCAAUGGUGGCGCAGGAGCUACACCGAUGCGAGGACCUGGGGCCACGCCCAUGCGAACACCGCGAGACACACUGCGCUUAAACGGGGAGGAAGACGGCAUGCAGCUGGUUGGCCAGACACCUCGCGAUAUAAGGCUGAGAGAGCAGGCGAAGCGUCAAGACCUGAAGAGCAAACUUGCUUCGCUGCCAAAACCCAAAGAAGAGAGUUGGGAGUUUGAGUUGCCAGAGGAGCAGGCUGAGCCGAUGGAAGUGGAAGUCAGCGAGGAAGACGCGGCUGAGCGGGAUCGGAGAGCUCGCGAAGCUCGCGAAGCCCAAGAAGCGGCAGAAUUCGGGCGGCAGACUCAAGUUGUGCAAAGGUUCCUCCCGCGACCAUCACUCAUCGACAUUGACGCCAUGAUGAAGCGUGCACUCGACCUAUCUGAUCCGGUAGAGCGCGAGGUCGAAACGGAGAUGGCCAAGCUCAUUGCAAACGACGUCAAGAAGUUUGGCAAUGGUCGCGUCACCGGCACGGCACAACGACUCGAGUCCAUGUCCGACGAUGCCCUCCGAAAUGCAAAGAUGGAGCUUGCUCUCGAGCUUGCCUUGGCUACAGACAAGGAAAAGAAGGCCUUUUGCUCUGAUGUCAACGCCUCGUGGACCACACUCCACGGUUCGACCAUCCUUCCCGGCAUCGCAGGCUACGAAGAAGACGAGAUUGACGAGCACCAACUCAUGGUCGAAGCCUUUGACAGAGCCCAAGAAGCCAUCAUCGAUGCUGCUGAGCGCGCAAACAAGAUUGAAAAGCGUCUUACCACACACCACGCGGGAUACGUCAAGCGCUCUGCUCUACUAAGAGAGAAGAUUGGCGGUGCUUUCGCAGCGCUCGAAAAGGCAAGAGACAAUCUCAACACGGCGCGCACAGCUCAGUACAACGAGCAGACUGCUAUAGAACUCAGAUUGGAGAGGCUGCGCGACGAAGUGCAGUUUGUCACCAAGCGAGAGAGAGAGGCGCAGGACUUGUAUAGGAGGCGCAAGGAGGAACUGGACAACUUGCAGGUGCCUGUUAAUGGCGCACAUUAGUUUGGCUAUCUUAGCUGAUUGUAUUAUUUCUAUGAGUAUAUCACUUGAGUCGUUGCGAUUGCAUUUGGAUGGCGUUUUUGUUCGAUAGUUCCGCAUGAGCUGUGGAAGGAAAAUACUAGGUAAACUGC